AUGCGGCCCGGAUUCGCGGCCGCUUCCGCGUUUGAACGGCGGCGCCUGCUGCUGACGUCAUCACUCCCGCCGCUUCCAUCCCGGCCUUACUUCCGCGUUCGGGAGCCCUCGCUUCCACGCCUGCGCGGCGCGGCAUCGGCCACCCCUCCUCAGACCCCGCGGUUACCCCGGCAACGCCGCUCGCGGCUCGAGCCGCUCCUGGCCCGGCCCCGGCCCUGCCCCGGACCACAGCACCUCCAGCCAGCAGUGCAAUUCUUUCGGCUACUGCAGCUCCAUCGUACGAGCUUUCGGCAGCUACACCUCCUACCAGCUCUGUGUCCACACAGCCCCCGUCUGCACCGCAGCCACAGCCGUGGACACACAGCAGGGACAUUUCAACAGGCCAAACUAAGGAAGCACAUCCAAAACCCCCGUGCUUCGGAGUUGGUGCAUUUCCUCUUCGGGCCGCUGGAACUGAUCAUCAACAGCUGCGGUGGCCCCGAGCUGGCCCAGUCUGUCCUCAGCCCGCUGCUUUCUAAAGACGCCACCGAUUUCCUGAGAGGACACCUGACACCCAAAGAGAUAAACCUCUGGGAUUCCCUGGGGGAGACAUGGACCAGAUCCAGAGCCGAGUGGCCCCGAGACACGAACAUCCCCACCUACAUCCCCAAAUUCCACAACGGCUGGGAAACGCCCAUAGAAAUCUUCUGUGGAGCUCCCUGGGAAAUAGACAUUGGACACUUGCAAGAGGAGCUCUCCUCACUCAAGCGUGGCCAGACGGCUGAGCAGACACAGGUCGGGGAUGCCUUCAAACAGAACAUCACUCCACAUGGAAAUAGGAAUUUCGAGGCCCAGGGGGUGGCUGUGCCCAAGAGAUUUGCCAAGAUCCGCUACGAUUUCACCGCGCGAAACGCCAAUGAGCUCUCGGUGCUGAAGGAUGAAAUCCUGGAGGUGUUGGAAGAUAAUAAGCAGUGGUGGAAGUUGCUCAACCGGAGUGGGCAGGCCGGUUAUGUUCUGUACAAUAUCCUGGAUGUGGUGAAACUGGAAGAGCUCGAACAGGUCUGUCGUCAGAGGUACAAAGGAGACCUGAGCCCCAGGGGCUAUGGCCCAUCCAGCCCAACCCACAAGCUGCCUGCCAGCUACGCCGGGGAUAAGCGGGGCAGUGAGAUGUUGUCGCACUACUCCGCACAGGACGCCAAAGAACAACUUAUUCACCAAAUGGAUGAGCUGAACGACGAGCUGCUAGAGAAGAUCACAAACAAUAAUCAGCCUCCCCACAGGAAUUUCAAAGUGGAAAAGCCUCAGCAAGUUUUUGUGCCCCUCACCUUUGAAUCCAGCACUGAAGAAGUCAAAGCCUGGCUGGAGGCCAAGUCAUUCAGCAAAGAGACCGUGGAACACCUGGACAUCCUCACCGGAGCUCAGCUCUUCUCCCUCAACAGAGAGGAGCUGAAGAAGGUGUGCGGUGAUGAGGGAAACAGAGUCUACAGCAAGAUCAUAGUGGAGAAAAAACAGCUGGAGAAAAGCAGAAGGCAGUCGGAGCUCCAAGAAAUCAUGAAGCGCCGCCAGGAAAGGAUUGAUUCUGCAAAUUAAAGUCUCUCUGCUUUAUUUCAGCUCUUAGCCCUAAGUAGUGCAGAAAAAAAGGGAAUGAAAGCAAUGAUUCCUGGCCCAGGCCGGAUGCAGCAGAGCUCCCCUUGGGGUCCAGCUGCCAUCAGAGUGACAAUUCCUUGAACACUGUUGGGAAGGGUUGACAAUAAGACCAUGUCCCACGGGGAAAGGUGUUUUAAUUUUGCAUGAAGUAUUUUUUUUAUAACUAUAUAUUUUAUACUGAAAUUUUCCGUGCAUGCGAUCAGAGCAGGAUUCACACGGGGCUGGAUGUACAAGGGCUGGCUUCAAGCAAAAAAAGACCCCCAAAGCUUUUCUCCGAGGGCUGUCCCCCGCUCCCCACUCUCCCCUGGCAGAGCAGGCGUGGCACACAGCACAAGAGAGGCCAGCCUCAAGGCUUGGAGCUUGGACCAGAGGAAUAAGGCUUUAGAAGGUUUUAGAAGGUUUGGGUUUAAGGAAAGGACAUUAAAGCUCAUCCCAUUCCACCCCCCUGCCAUGGGCAGGAAUGCCUGUCACAAGCCCAAGUUGUUCCAAAUCCUGUCCAACCUGGCCUUGGACACUUCCAGGGAUGGCGAGUCAUGACCUCUCUGGGCAACCUAACCCUUUCUAUUUCCAUUCCCAUUUCCUCCUCAGCGCAGGUGUCCCCUGCAGCCCACGAGCACAGGGCCGGUGACAACUGCCUGUCCUUGUCCUGUCCCCCUGUGCCCCCUCGUUGGACAAGGCUAGAAUGGCAACACACAUUCCCGAGGUCUGGCUGCUUCCUUAAAUCCAUGGACCAGCUAGUGCUAUCUCUGAACAGCUGAAAUGAGCUUUCAGUGCCUAGAAAUGAGCAGGAGUGACAAACAAAGGGAUUUGAAUCUGGAAAUAGGUGAGUUCCACCCGCCCACUGCUGCUGAUGCAGAGGCUGGGGCUCGGGGCAGAUGGGCAGCCCUUCCCUGGGGCACAGAUCCUGCACUGGAAUGUUGUGGUGGUGUUGCCAAACCGGGCCUCAAACCAGGAGAAGAUAAGCCCUGACCAUUUGCUCCCAACCCAGGCACACCCACAGCCCUUCCCAGGGUGUUGGUCACUUGUCCCCAUCUUCACGUUUUCACUGCAAAAAGUCAGCUGAAAUGAUUCCCAAACAGCUGAAACCCCAAAGCACACUGGGAAAGGCAGGUUUAACACACAUUAAAUGGCCACAAGAAAAAAACCCCUCUAAUUUAGCACAGGGUGUUGCUCUUUACUUCCCGUUUUCCUUCAAAAAGUUAUGUGCAUUGUAUAUAACAAUCUGUAAAUAGGGGUGAGGAAAAUCCCUCUCCCUAGAAGCAGAAUUAAGUGAUUAUGCUUCCAAAAUUUACUCACCAUUUCAAAACUCAAGCAAGCAGCGUAGUUCCUGUCCACAGCAAGUUUGGCACACUGCAUUUCUAGCUCUGUUUGACUGACAGACCAAUCUGAUUGCAAAGCAGUGAAGCACACAGAGCUCCAGAGCUGCCCACAGCCCAGGGACAGCUGGGUUUUCUCUCUCAGCACAUGCUGAGUCUUUGUCCAAAUUUGUGCCUGUCAUUGCACAUUUAAUGGAAAAAGCUUUAAAACAGCAUCUGGGGAACUCAUGUCUAAAACUGAGAACACCAGUGCACCUUAGUUUUGCCUUCAUUCUUAAGUGUCUCCAAUGGAUAAUCUGUUUUCUUCGUUUGAAACGGGACACUGCUCUCACCAGCAGAAUUAGGGUGCAGGCAGGGGAGGAUCCUGGGUUUAGUCACAGCCCUGCUAGGAUCUGAGAAGGGCACUCACCUUGUCAGGGAGGGAUGAAGAGGACAAUCCUCCUGAGAAGCCCUGGCUCCGGAUUAGGGUGGAGAUGGGAGGCAGGAUGGCAAGCACGGGAGGUGAAAAAGUUUCUAAAAUGAAAAUAAAAACGAAUGUUGAGCUAGGAAACACGCCAUCUUCUAAUCCUGGGGUGUAGAGGAAAGCAAAUCACAGGGAAUUACAGUUAUCUGGGAUUUUAACAGGAGUGUACAUGACAGGUCUGUAAAGCUGGGAGCCACAGGAGCACUUCCUAAAACAAGUAUCUCAGUAGACCUUAUUGCAGAGAUCACUUUUACAAAUUUCCAUGCGACUGAGCUGUGCUCUGUUUGUACUGCCUGCAGACAGUACAUUGAUGUAACUGAGCGAAGGAGACAAUGAUAUAACCGUGCACUGUACAAGAUUUAUUAAAAUAGUUAAGUUAUACUUAUAACUCCAUCUCCGACUCUUUCACUGGGUUUUCAUAACGGUUUGUCACUGAGAGUCUCAGAAACUCAGCAGAAUGUCUGAAACCACACAUUUCCUUUUGGUUUUGGGGACUGACAUUCAACAGGAAGGAUGUUACGGCCUGGAUAGCUGUGUCUUAAGAAUAGGGGCAAAGCACGAGAAGGCUGUACAAAAGCACAUUCUUGCCUCUCUGGAAGGGGAACGACUGUGGCAGCUGUCCCAAGUGGAACCAUACAGAAAGAGGGAACAGCAUAACCCCAUGACUAGGAGCCUGUUACACGGAUUCUCCAACAUUUCCAGCCAAGAGCCAUCCUGUUCCCAGAAGCAAAAGUUUGUCUUCUCUUUUCCUUAAUAAUUAAAUUACUCACCUGAAAUAACUGGUAAUUCCUUCUGUAGAUGUUUUGGGGAGUUCAAUUUCCAAGUGGGCCCACACUAACAAGAUCACCUCUUUUACAGCCUAAAUAAA